GGGCUGACCCAAAGUCAAGGAACCCAACAGUUUUGCUCUUGCCGAUACCGUUUCUAAAAUUUCUGAGCAACGCCAGUUCCCAAAAAUUCAAUUUCGGACGACCACCAAAAUAUGGCGCCGCACGAUCUCCACCGCGCGUACAAGAGACCGGCGAUCUCAGACCAGCAGAGGCGCCGAGAGCUUGCGCUUCAGCGCCAAGAGCAAGCCCGGCGCGACGUCCAGCUCCAGGCGCGCCGCUUAGCCUCUACCCUCCUCUCCCUCCCGCCCGAACAUGAACAGCCCUCCGAACCCGAACCCGAACCCGAAUCCGCCUCCGAAUCCAAGGAGUCCGAAUGCGACGUCGAAUUUGACCUUCGCAACGCUUCGAAGCUCAGAGGCACGGAGGCCCGAAAAUGGUUCGCCAGGCAGCUCAUGCUCCCGGAGUGGAUGAUCGACGUCCCAAAUCGCUUGCCCCACGACUGGUACGUGUUUGCGAGGCCAUCUGGGAAGCGAUGCUUCGUCGUUUCGUCCGACGGAGCCACAAUCAGCCGGCAACGAAACGGCACUGUUCUGCACCGUUUCCCGUCGGCUCUUCCCAAUGGUUCCAGGAGCCGAGACGGGUCGGGUUCCGCUCAGUCGUAUUCUAUACUGGACUGUAUAUUUCACGAGAUGGACCAGACGUACUACGUAAUUGACAUGGUGUGCUGGAGAGGUUACUCUUUGUUCGAUUGCACGGCCGAGUUUAGGUUUUUCUGGCUGAGUUCUAAGCUCGGGGAGACGGGGGCUUGUGAGGCUCCGUCACACUAUCAUAGGUAUAGGUUCAGCUUGGUUCCUGUGCAUAACUGUGAUCACAGCGGGCUAUACUCAGCCUAUGCUGGAGCGGUACCGUAUGUAAAGGAUGGUCUAUUGUUUUAUAACAAGCAUGCUCAUUACCAACCAGGAAAUACCCCAUUAGCAUUAGUCUGGAAGGAUGAGAGUUGCAGUCAGUACGUUAUUGACACAGAUAACAAAGGACAGGUUCCAAGCCAUCAACAGGUAGUUUUGGAGCUGCAAGGUGAUGGAAAUGUGACUACAUCCGAUGAUCCACCAGUUGUAUUUGGUUGCUUGGACUCAGCCUUCAUACAACAGUCAGGGUUGCAUUCAGGAUGUCUUCUUCGUUUUGCUAUUGGUGAUGGAGGAUUAAGUGUUGUAGAUGGGAAGCUUGAGAAGGCAGAUUUACAUUACCUUGGCAAGUCCAAUCGUGCCCGUGCUUUUGCAGAUACUUACUCCAAGAUUAUGUUUCAGAAUAUGGUUCGGCGGUCUCCCCUGAAAAUUGACGAUUUGGUAGCAUCAAUCAAUUCACCAGAUGAUGAAGGAAACAGACCUGUUGUACCGGAAGUUGAUAUGGUUGGUUGAUGAUCAAUCGAUACUCUGAAAUUACCGGAAUACAGAACACACAGCAAAUACAAUAUCCUCAUUGGGAUCAAUGUAGCGUUCAUAUUCUCGGGUAUGUUAGUAUCUUUCGAUGUAUUUUUGUGUAAUCUUAACACUGCAAGAAAGCUGAGCAUCCUUGUUGGAUGAUCGAUGUAUACUAGUAUCUUUCUAUGUAUUUUUGCAAUAACACUUUUUCUCCUGGAGUAUGAAAUUAUUAUUUUCAA